CGCUCGGUCUAGCGCGUUUGACUCUCAUGCAUAUGUAAGAGUCUGUCCUCAUCACUUAACCCGAUUGGCCAGUGCAGAGCAGCUCGGCUCCUGAUUGGCUGCAUGUGUAAUACCUUCGCUCUUUUUAGAAGAUUUGGUGAUUGUCAGUGAGGCGCGCUGUGAGGUCUGAGCUUCUGCUGCUCACCUACUGAGGGAACUUGGGCUGAGAGGUUCUCUAGGGUUCUGCUGUGUUUUUCCUCAGUGCACCAGUGUGUGUGUGUGUGUGUGUGUGUGUGUGUGUGCGUGUGCGUGUGUGUUUGGGAAUGACCGUAGCUCCACUUGCGCUAUGUAGACGCGUCGUUUUCGCUCCGCGCGCGCCGGAUUUACCCUCAGGAUGUUCUGUACCAAAUUGAAGGAGCUGAACAUUUCAGCCGAGUGUCCGUUUUCAGUGCUGGUUGGAAAUGAAGAUCCAGAGGAAAGAGAUGAGAGAGAAGAUCCAGAGGAGAGCAGAGCUCACAGCUCACCGCACAUCGCAAACGUCGCACCGAAACGCAAAACGAGUCGCAAUAAAGUUAAUCUGCAUUCACUGGGAGAGAGCAUCCGCAAACUGGUGUGUCCUGAGUUUGAGAAGCUGCGGAUUGCGAUGUCCAGAGUGAUGAAGCAGCAGUCACACUCCACAUGUCCUGCUCAACACACCACAGAUGUUUAUCAGCUCCUGGAUGAACCUGAGCACUUGCUGGAUGUCAUGAAGAGUUACUCAGUGAAAGCAGGAAUUCCUCUGGACUCUCUGAAGCUCGAUCUGGGCUCAGAGGUUUUCCGUGACUGCUAUGACGAAGAUGGUCAUGUGCUUCGUGUGGUGGGCGGAGCCCUACAUGACUUCCUAAACAGCUUCAACGUCCUCCUGAAGCAGAGCACGCCGCCCACAGCUGAGGCCCGUUGUCACGUGGCCCAGGCCUCUGUGCUGUGCCUGGACAAAGACCCUGGUCUCCUGACGGUCUACUACUUUAACCCUCAUACCUCCACCGAGCUCUUCUUCCCAGGCAUCAUCCAGGCGGCGGCUCACUUCCUGUACGGCAUCCACGUGGAUGUCAAGAUGGACUCCGAGCUAAAAGAGGGUGGAGGUGUUCAUGACAAUCAUCAGCCCUACCUAUUGUACUCCAUUGUGGUGAGAGACGCCAGGAGCCUGACGCCCAGCCCCAUGAGGACACACUCAUCCGGUCACAUCGCCCUGUCUUUGCUCUACUCCACCUUCCCCUUCCACAUCCUGUUAGAUCAGGAGAUGAUGGUGCUGCAGAUGGGAGAUGGGCUGAGGAGGAGAUUAUGGCGUGGCAGGGAGGGGCAGAGGAGACCAGCGUUUGAAGAGCACUUUGCCAUUGUGAUGCCUGAGAUCCAGGCAGACUUCCAGGGAAUCCUCACCAUGCUGAACACACAGUUCAUCCUGCGGGUGAAGCAGCAUGGAGGUGGCGCCACACUCGGCUACGGGAAGCACAUGGACCUGAAAGGUCAGAUGAUCUUCAUGUCCGAGUCGAAUGCAGUGCUGUUCCUGGGCUCGCCCUGCGUGGACCGUCUGGAAGAGCUGACAGGACGUGGCCUUUAUCUAUCCGACAUCCCGAUCCACAACGCCCUGCGUGACGUGGUGCUAGUGGGCGAGCAGGCCAAAGCGCAGGACGGCCUAAAGAAGCGUCUGGGGAAAGCAAAGGCGGCUUUGGAGCAGGCUCAUCAGGCCCUCGAGGAAGAGAAGCGCAAAACCGUUGAGCUGCUCUUCACCAUCUUCCCUGGGAACGUGGCCCAGAGGCUGUGGCAGGGGCUCCCGGUCCAGGCCAAGAAGUUUGACGCCGUCACGGUGCUGUUCUCAGACAUCGUGGGCUUCACGGCUAUCUGCUCGCGCUGCACGCCCAUGCAGGUGGUGGACAUGCUGAGUGCUCUGUACACUCGCUUUGACCAGCACUGCGGAGAACUCGAUAUCUACAAGGUGGAGACGAUUGGAGAUGCGUACUGUGUUGCUGGAGGUCUGCAUAAGGAAAGUCCGACCCAUGCUGUACAGAUCGCUCUGAUGGCCCUGAAGAUGAUGGAGCUCUCUGAUGAAGUCACAACUCCAAUGGGUGAUGCCAUCAGGAUGCGGAUCGGUGUUCAUUCAGGUUCGGUUCUGGCGGGUGUGGUCGGGGUGAAGAUGCCUAGAUACUGUCUCUUUGGAAACAAUGUCACAUUAGCCAACAAGUUUGAGUCCUACAGCCUUCCGAGGAAAAUCAACAUCAGUCCCACAACUUACAGAUUACUGAAAGGUCGUCCCGAGUUCACAUUUAUCCCACGCUCCAGAGAUGAACUUCCACCAAACUUCCCAGUUGACAUUCCAGGUAUUUGUUACUUCCUGGAGUCGGCCAUCUGCAGGACGAGUGAUGUGAGUGUGGAUAAUUUCCCUGUGGUGGUGGACAGCGUACAGUAAUGUACAGGAAGUGGAUAUGAGCCAGCAGGAGAACCAAAUCCUCUGAUACAAGUGUUUCAAAACCUGGGGAUCAGUACGUUCAGAGUCAAUCUGUGCUUAAACACUGGAUUAGUUUCUCCAGCUGUUUAAUAAACCUCUUGCAGAACAUCUACAGUGUUACCCCCUCCACAUCUACAGUGUCACCCCAUCCACAUCUACUGUGUUACCCCCCUAUCCACAUGUACAGUGUUACCCCUAUACACAUCUAAAGUGUUACUCCUAUACACAUCUACAGUGUUACACCCCGAUCCACAUCUACAAUGUUACCCCCCUCCACAUCUACAGUGUUAACCCCCAUCCACAUCUACAGUCUUACUCCCCCAUCCACAUCUACAGUCUUACUUCCCUAUCCACAUCUUAAGUGUUACCCCUAUACACAUCUACAGUGUUACUCCCCUAUCCUAAUCAACAGUGUUACCCCCAUCCACAUCUACAGUGUUACCCCCAUCCACAUCUACAGUGUUACCCCCAUCCACAUCUACAGUGUUACCCCCUCCACAUUUACAGUGGUAUCCCAAUAUCCACGUUUAAAAUGUUACCCCCAUUCACAUCUACAUUGUUACCUCCAUCAGCAUCUGCAGUAUUUCCCCGACUCACCAAUUACUCAAUUACACCAGAUCAUACCAGAUCAUACCAGAUCACCGUCCAGAUCACACCAAAUUACACUAAAUUACACCAGGGCAAACCAGACAAUAACAGAUCAUACCAGAUCACACCAAAUUACUCCAGAUCACACACCAUUUCACAUCAGAUCACACCAAAUUACCCCAGAUCACACACCAGAUCACAUAAGAUCACACAAAAUAACUCCAGAUCACACACCAGAUCACAUCAGAUCACACCAAAUUACUCCAGAUCACACACCAGAUCACACUAGAUGCCACCAGAUCACAUCAGAUCACACACCAGAUCACAUCAAAUGACAUCUGAUACCACACCAAAUAAGUUAUUGUCAUCAUGACUCUCAUCCCGGUGACUCAAUGAGGAACAUUUCCAUGAUCUUGUCCCUGCUGUCUCUCUGUCAUAUGACCUCACGCUGCAGCACCUGCUUCACUGUUACUGAGUCUGUGCCUCACUUAUACUUAUUCACCUGCUCUAAUUCACUUCAUUACACACACACACACACACACACACACACACACACACACACACACACACACACACACUGCUGUGCAUAUUGGGUAAAGAGGCAGAUUCUUGUAGCAGCGGUUGUUGUGACCAUUAGCAGAAGUUAGAUAGUUCACUAAGAUGGACUCCC